AUGCGGGCGGCAGGGUCGCCAUCUCAACAUUUAGAACUUCUUUCUUCAAAGAUGGCUGGAUACGUGCUGAGCUCUAAAGCUGACAAUACUGUGUCCAAGUAUUAUGGUGGUUUUCGGAGAUGGAGCCAAUUCAUUACGCGGGAAGGGGGUUGCGCGCUUCCGGGGCAACCCAUCCAUGUGGCGUUGUAUUUAACACAUAUGCUAGACACAGGAUGUUCACAUAGCGUUUUGACCACGGCUCUGUAUUCUAUAAAAUGGGCACAUGGGAUUAGCGGGAUGUCGGAUCCUACGGAAAACUGUUUUGUGAAAAGUUUGAUGGAAUCUUCCAAGAGACAGGAUCGGCCACCUCGGGUUAAGAAGAACUGUGUUUCAACCAGUGACAUUAUAGAGCUUUGUGAAAAGUAUAAAGACGAAACAGAUCUGCUUGUCAUUAGAGAUUUAGUAAUGAUUGUGCUCGCAUUCGCGGGAUUUUUGAGGUAUGAUGAGUUGAGGGCGCUGAGGGUGAGAGACAUUUCAUUUCAAGAUACCUAUCUUAAGCUUAUUAUUAGGAAAAGCAAAACGGAUCAAUAUAGGUUAGGUGAUGAGUUAGUGAUAGUAAGAGGCGAGACAGUAGCUUGUCCUUAUAGAAUCAUGCAGAAGUAUAUGUCUUUACUAGGAAGCACCGAUCCAGAUUAUUUUUUGUUCAUGCCUCUGGUGCGUGGUAGAGCCAGCUGCAAACUUAUCCAUAAGAACAAGGCAUUGAGUUAUACUCGAGCUCGAGAAUGCAUAGUGAGGAGGCUGCGAGAAGUUGCAGUUAACCAGAAUUUGGGUUUGCAUUCACUCAGAGCUGGUGGGGCUACAGAGGCUGCCAAUAAUGACGUGAAUGAGAGGUGUUGGAAACGCCAUGGUCGUUGGAGAGGUGACAUUUCCAAGGACGGGUACAUUUCAGAUUCUUUGUCGCAUAGGUUGCAGGUUACAAAGCGCCUAGGCUUAUAG